AUAUGAUGUAGUGCGUCACGAGCAUAAAUGUUUUUGACUCACUGGUUUUCAAAAUGUCGUAACUUUUAUUAUCAAUAACGAUACCGAAAUUAAAUAAAGAUAAAGAGGACAUCUUUUGUUUCGAUUCAAAUGCUAAAAAAAUCAAUAAUAUCUGUAACCUAAAUGGGUUUAUUCUUCAGCAGACCUGCCGCAGGAACGGUCCGAAACGCUGGUGCAAUGAGUGUCCAAACACAACAAUUCGUAAAAGAUCUCAUAGCUAGUGAUGUAGUCGUCAUCUUUUCGAAGUCUUAUUGUCCUUACUGCAAGAUGGCUAAAGAGGUAUUUGACACAUUGAAGCGUAAGUACACAGCAAUCGAGCUCGACGGCAGGGAUGACGGGGAUAGCAUUCAAGCAGUUUUGGGUGAGAUCACCGGCGCUCAUACGGUUCCACGCGUUUUCGUAAACGGCGAAUGUCUUGGCGGUGGGUCCGAUGUGAAGUCAUUGUACGAGAGCGGGGAAUUAGAAACCAUAAUGUCAAAAGUUUGAAUAUUUUUUUUUAAAUCUUAUUAAAUAAACUUUUAAAACAUA